CCAGCCAAACCAGUGAGAUCCCCAGCUAGCAACCCGCCCUGCAUAAGAAGGGCAGCAUCGUCCGGGCGGCCACCGUCCAGCCUGCCCGGGCAGAACUCGGGUCUCUCCCAGAACCGGGCACGUCCACACCUUGGGAAGAAACCCGGGGCAGUGAAAGGAGCCGUCACCUCCCCUGGCCGGGCUGGGACUCAGCGGAGCGCAAUGAGCACCCUGCGUCUGAAGGAGAAGCUGCAGGCCCUCCAGUGCCACUUCACCUGGAACUUUGAAAUCAGAGACCAGGUAGAUGCAGUUCACCUCCUCCAAACUCUGGCUCUCAGGAUUGCCCACACUCACUACCAGAACCAGCCCACGCUCCUUGCCAUGCAGGCUUAUCUCUGCCACCUGCAAGGGCAAUAUGAAAACGCUCUGCAAAGCCUUAGAGAAGCCGAAAAGAUUCUGCAAAGAGAUCACCCAGAUAACUUCCCCCGGCAGGUCCUGGUCAUUUACGGAAACUACGCCUGGAUCUAUUAUCACUUGGCCCACUAUGAUUUGGUUGAACUUUACCUGGACAAGGUCAGAAAGAUCUGCAGCUCCCUGAAGAGCCGCUCUCCACAUGCAGCUCAGAUCCCUGAGAUACAUGCACAGAAAGGCUGGUCUCUCCUGGCAGCAGGCUUCCGCAAUGGCAAAGAAGCCACAGAGUGUUUCCAAAUGGCGUUAAGAGAAGACGAAGCAAAUGGGGAAUUUCUUGCUGGGUUGGCAAUCGCAGCCUUUGCAUCAUGGGAUCACUCAUACAAUUCUACGUCUUGGAAUGAAGCCAGAGAGAAGUUGGAAGACAUUAUCCCUGAACAGCAGCAAAACUAUGAAGCUAAGGUGUAUUUAGCCGAGAUCCUUAAGAAAUCGGAUAGACAGCAAGCAGAAGCCCUCUUAGAAGAUGUUGUUCAGAAUAGCCUGGACCCUGAGGUCCUGAGACAUGCAGCCAAGUUCUUUGAAGGGGAAUUCGUAGAAAAAAAAAUUUCUAUUCUAGAGCGAGCAAUCUCUCUGAACCCCAAUUAUCAUCUCCUUCACUAUGACCUUGGUUAUUGCUACAAGAUACAGGUGUGGGGGGCCAAAUCCAGCAGAAGAGAAGAAAUGUUGGCAGCAGCUAUUGAGGCCUUCAAAAAGGCUGUGCAGAAAGAUCCAGCCUCUGUGUUUUCAAGGCUGGCUUUAGCUGAAAUGUAUGGAGAAAACACACCUCACUACCGAGAAGAGAUUUAUCUCAAUCUCCUGAGUGAAAUGCCCAGCCUCAGCAAGAAGUGUCAGCAGGCAGUCUGCCUUCACUGGGGAAAUUUCCUCUUGUACCAGCAGAAGUCAGUGUGGGAGGCAGCUGAGAUGUACAAAACAGGUUUCGCCAUUCCAGACAACUACCCGGAGAGGCAACUGCUGAAAAGGAAGUUGGAAAAGGUGGCAGAAAUAUUCCAGCAGAACUCCCAAACCACUGAGGCUGAGGCCAUACGUGACUUCAUUCACGAGACUGAAAGUCAUUCUCUUGAAUAAAGGAGGAAGUCCACUCGUGGCAACAAUAGAGCAGGAGACUGGAGAUCCGGAGAACAUGGGGGAUCCUUUCCCUUCCCUGGACACACCAAGACCUCCUUCUGAAGUGAGUUACUUUCCCCACCUGUGUAACAAUGACAUUCGUGUUGCAAAUGACUCAGACUAUGGCAUAUGCUGCUGCUGCUGCUGCUAAUUAUUAUUAGCUACCUGUCUUGUAGUCACGCCUAGUAGCCAAGACAUGGACCAGGACCCCAUUGUGUCUGGCCCCAAAGAGUCUACAGUCUGCAACAAGAGACAACAGGAGGGAACCAGCAGACAGAUGCAGGAGCAGAGGCAGACAAUACUGGUCAGCGAAAUGGACAGUGGUCUCAGCCCAUCAGCUACCCAGCCAUUGUCAAGUGUUUUGUAAGCAUCACUGCAGAGCAGAGUUUAGCUUCUGAUACUGAGCAGCUGUUUCUACUCAGAGGGACAGUGCAACCAUCCUUGUCUCUACGCAAACCUACCCUCCAGCUCUGCUGCUUUCUAAUAUCCACAUAGCAAAUAGGUGUGGAGUUUCUUCUAACAGCGUUGAGUUUUUGCAUUUGCAUUUUGCUGAGUGCCUGUAGUGUGUCUAUAUAAUUAUUCCCAUCUUUGCUUUCCGCACCUCACCUGACCAUGACUUACAUUUACAUGGCACCAGUUUCCCCAGCUUGUCAUGGAUCUGAUUUAUUGUAAAUGAAGUAAAAACAUAUGUAACAGAGAAAAGAGAAAUAAAUCAGUCUCUUUCUUUGUGUUGAAA